GCUUUGCAGUCGAAUGAUGAAAAGGGCAAGACUACAUAUGAGCAUAUACUUAUGUAUGUACAUUUACAUAGAUAUGUACAUAUGCUCAAUACCUUUUCAAUUUUCUUUUGCUGUUCAUGUUCAGUUUUGUUUCGAACGACUUAGUGAACGUUACAGUUUUCUGAUAAUAUUUACAUAUGUACAUAUUAUUAUCAACAAAGUGAGUAAAAUAAUAAUAAAAUGACUCUGCAGCUGCAAAUUGAGAAACUCAAAGGGCUCGACAACUAUAAAGCUUGGUCUAUGACAGUACGAGCCUAUCUAGAAUCUGAGAAUUUGUGGACGGUUGUUGAAAAUGGACCCGAAAACAAUGAAGAGUCUCUACUUAAAGACAAACGGGCAAAAUUUAUCAUUCUCUGUUUAAUUGAGACAAAGCUCUGUCAAUUUAUGGUCAGCAUACGGACAGCGCGCGACUUAUGGAAUUAUUUACGAACACAGCAUUCUUUGCGUUAAAGUAGCGAAAAUACGAAAUUAGGUUUCAAACGAUAAGUUUAUGGAAAAUAAUUUUACUAUACACAUGUACAUAGUUAUUUACAAUCAAACUGUAGUGAUUCGUUAUUAAAACAAUUUCAAAAAAUUU